UACUGAAUGUUUCCUUGAAUGUUAAACCCCAGCUGCCCAGUUUCAGUUGAGAGGGUGUUCACUGUGUAGUGUACCUCUGUCCACGUCCUGUUCGGGCUAUUGACCUCACUGCCUAGCUGCUACAUCUGCGGGCCCCUUGCUCUAGCCCUGUCUAAUUGUGAAUCAGGACACCUACAGGGCAGCGUCAACAAAACACCUGGCUCGUGCUCCGUGGUGAUGCAUUUGCAGGACGUCUAACGGGUCCUUCGGGCCCCUCCAGCGCCUCGAGCAGCCCCCGCGGCCGGACCGCGGCCGGGCCGGGGCCCUUGCGAUGACAGUGGGGAAUGCGAGUGAAUGGUCUGGUCGAGCCGGGGGGCCCGGGCCGCACCGGGGCCGCGACUGCACUCCGCAUUGUCACGGGCCGCAUGCCCGCGGGGCAGAUGAAGAUGGGGUAGUGGAGGGGAACGGUGCGGCGCUCCCGAUGGCAGGUGCCGUUGAUGCUGUGGUCCAGCGUCUCCGCCAGUGCGGUGGAGACCACCACCCGGGCCGUACGCCUCUCACCUGGAGCCCCUCGCCAUGGCCUGGACGGACUUGACGUGGCGGCAGCUCGCGCUCCGGCUGGCCACAGCCGCCGUCGUGUGGUCGUUGGCCGCCCCGCUCGCCCUGUUCUUCGUCCUCACGCUUCUGCUGCGCUUCGUGUGGAGUCCCCGCAGCGGCUUCUGGCGGCCCAAGCCCCGCGACCAGCCGCCCGAGGCCCUCCUGGACACCACUCUGGGCCAACACGAGUACGUCACCCUGGCCAAGGGCAUCAAGCUCCACUACGUUCACAAUGGAGACACGAAUCGCCCCUUAAUGCUCUUCCUCCACGGUUUCCCCGAGUUUUGGUACUCUUGGAAACACCAGCUACAGGAGUUCGCCAAAGACUACUGGGUCGUAGCCGUGGACAUGCGAGGGUACGGCGAUUCGGACAAGCCUUCGGGGACCUCCUCCUACAGAGCAGACAUCCUGGUGGACGACGUGCGGGAGCUGCUCGAUGCCUUUGAGCGGCCGCGCGCCUCGCUAGUGGGCCACGGCUGGGGUGCCGCCGUCGCCUGGAUGUUCCUGGAGAGGUACCCGGAGCGCGUCGAGAGGCUGGCGAGCAUCGGUGCCCCCCACCCCUACGUGUUCCAGCGGGCGUUGGCUCUCAACAGGAAGCAGCUGAAGAGGUCGUGGUACUUCUUCCUGUUCCAAGUGCCUUGGGUGCCCGAGCUCGUCCUACGUUGCGAUGACCUGGCCUGUCUGUCGGCCGCCCUACGGCGAGGACGCCGCCACUCUCCGACGGUCACGGACCAGGACCUGGAGGCCUACAAGUACACCUUCGGGAAGUCCGGGGCGCUGACGGGCCCGCUCAACUACUACCGGGCCGCGGGCUGGGGGCUGCCGCGGCGCUGGCGCCCGCACCGCUGCGCCGCCCUUGCCGAUGACGUCGCCGUCGACGAAGGAAUCACUCCGGAUGAGAAAGAACCCAAGACGGGCGAGAGCGUCGCCAAGGAGGACGAAGAGACGGAGGACGUACAGCAAAACAAUUUCAACGCCGCAGACUCCACGACGCCGCCUUCCCCCACGGGGUCGGGUGCUCCGGAUGGGACAGCCGACGCCGCCCCUGCGCCCAGCGUGCUGGUGUUGCUCGGCGGCCGCGACGCGUACGUCGAGCACUCUACCGCCUUUCGGACUCGCAAGCAGUUCCCCAACGUGAGCGUCGUCAUUGUCCGAGACGCCAACCAUUUCGCGCACCUUGACGACCCCGCGGCCGUCAACCGACACCUGCGCAAGUUUAUGGCCGCAGACUAGUGUGGUCGGGCGCCAUGUUGUACGUGGCUACAAGCCCGACAGUACGCAUAUUUAUUACUAUUUAUUUGAUUUUGCUUCAAUUUUAAUAUUUGUUCAAGAAUUAUUGUCGAUUAAUGGUCGAUCAAGACUGAUGUUAGUAUUGUAGUUAUGCUAUGCUCUCUUCUUUGAAAAGGAAAUUAAAAACUCCAUCUUUCUUUUUAAAAAAAAGUUGAAA